CAAAGACUUUUUGCAUUCAAUUAGACUUUUCGAUGCUGAUAUAACUGAAGCGACGCAAUCGCAAGCCACCGUCUUCCUACACAUUUACGAGUGUGCGUGACCGAAGCCACACCAAUCUGAGAUUUUCAUUUCAUAAAAGAGAAAUGCCCCCUGGCAGAUGGUUUGACGGCAUCGAACUAGAGAAGUUAUCGCCGAAACGAGGCGGAUAUCAAUUUGCUAAGGAUCAAGUACAAAGUACGAUUUGCCACGAUGAGAUUGAGAGAUUUGACAUUAAAUGCGUUUACCGAAUAAAGAACAAGUACACGUGGGAGCGAUACAGAGAAAGGAGGGAGGAAAUUAGCAAAGAUUUGGGAGGUGCGUGGGUCAAGGAAAUGCGCCUCUUCCACGGCUCACCGCAAGCAAUGACGAUCGCCACUCAAGGUUUUGACCGCGGCUUUGCCAAAAAGUCUGGCAUGUUUGGAGAUGGUGUUUAUUUUGCGGAACACUCGUCCAAAAGUAACAACUACACCUUCGGUUGCUUCAAACCCUGCGACGCUCACGACGACAAGGAAUGCGAGAUUUGCAUCAGAAGAAUUCUGAUCUGCAAAGUCGCGCUGGGGAAAAUUUACGAGACCAAGUCGACUGUGAAAAAUCUUCCUGCCGGAUAUCAUUCGGUCAAAGCAAUUCCACACGGCGGAUUUCUGUUGCGUCCCGAGUACAUAAUUUACAAUGAUGCUCAGGUUUAUCCCAGCUAUCUAGUCGAGUACACUGCCAAGUACAAGUCGGAUUCAGACUCGGAAGACGAACGUUGCAAUACUCCACAUUAAAAACGACUGCUUCCAAUUUCAGCCCAGUUUUCUACACUUUUGUGUAUAACAAUUUUACAUUUGUGCCCCCUCCCCCUCUAUUGCCUUCCAAAAUUUUCCAAUCCCGAAAUCUUGGAAUCGACAACCUUUUUGUUCGGUUGAAAAGGUUGAAAAUUUGACUAUGAAAACUAUUAUUAUUAAUGUUGAAAAUUAAAUACUAUUUUUUGUUUUAAAUAAGUAAAAUGUUGCUUUCAAUGAGAAAAAAAAUGUUAAAUAAAUUCUUUAAUUCUAGUUGAUUUCUGAUUGAAAAAAAAAAUGAAAAAAAAAACACGUUGGAAAUUUUAUAUUGAUAAUUAUGGAGUAAAAUCACGGCACUCUUCCACAUAGGUUUCAUGGUUUGAAUCAAAAUAAAAU